AUGCUGGGCCACGAGACCUUCGAGAAGGUUUACCACGCUCAGAACCUCCAGCCCGACAAAAGCGUGUCGAUGAAGGUCAUCAGGAAAGAGAAGGUGAUCGGAGUCGGGAUGGACCAUAUCAACCGCGAGAUCUUAGUCAUGAAGAUGGUGAAGCAUCCAAACAUCGUUGAGCUCCACAUGGGGUGUUUUUUAUUUACUUGCAAGUAA